AUGUUUGUCAGCAUCGCCCUGCAGCAGCAGCCGAGCGCCCCCGCGGUCGGCUGCCGGAAGGCACCCGCAUCUCUCUGGGGGUCUGCCCGGGCCCUUUCCACCGACGCUGCCGAGGCGCAAGCGUGCCGCUCCCACAGCAAGCGCCUCCACCCUGUGGCGCCCCGCGAUCUGUUCAGCCAGGCGGUGCGCGACGUCCAAGCGUCGGCCGCGGGCAAGAGCGGCGGCAGCCGCAGCAGUCGUGACAGCGAGGGCGACGACCUGCGGCGCACGUCGGGCGGCGACGCCAGCACAGCAGCCGCGCCACGCACCCGCUCCCCGGCUGCUGUGGCCAAGGCGGCGCGGCCGCUGCAAACAGUCAGCCAGCGCAAGAGCAAGCAGCAGCAGCAGCAGCAGCAGCAGCAGCAGCAGCAGCAGCAGCAGCAGCAGCAGCAGCAGCAGCAGCAGCAGCAGCAGCAGCAGCAGCAGCACCAGCAGCACCGCAUUCAGCAGCGCACCACCCCGAGGGCGCCGGCUGCCAGUACCGCUGACCGCGAGUGGGAGUCGAUCCAGAUCAAGAUCCCCGACUGGGCCGACGAGGUGGGCAAUGCUAUUGCCAACGGCUGGGUGCCGCGGCUGCCAGAGCAUCUGCAGGCACAGGCGCCCCAGCACACAGUGCAGCAGCGGUGGGAGCGCCGCUCCAGGGGCGGCUAUGGCGGGCGCAGCCAGCGGGCCGGCACGGCGGGCUGCGGGCCCAGGAGGGGCGGCAGUGGCUGGGGGCGCGACGAGGACUGCGGCGGCACCUACAGUGCCCUGGGGGCCUGGUUGGCCCCCAGCGACUGGGAGUGA